UCCCCCACAGUCACACCGAGCUCUGGGAUUCAGAGGAAUACCGUGUGCCAGCAACCGAUUCACAGGCUCCUUUUACCUGCAGGUGUUCCAGAAACUUCAAAAUGCGUCUGGAAGAAUUAAAAAGAUUGCAGAAUCCUUUAAAACAAGUUAACGAUGGAAAAUAUUUACUUGAAAAUCACCAACUGGCCAUGGAUGUGGAGAAUAAUAUUGAAAAGUAUCACCUCAAUCUACAGCUCUUGGAAUCCAAGGUGAAAAUCAUUCAGCGAGUGUGGCGCGAGUACCUGCAGCGGCAGGACCCCCUGGAGAAGAGGAGCCCAUCCCCACCUUCCGUGUCCUCAGACAAGCUGAGUACCUCCGUCAGCAUGAACACCUUCUCGGACAGCAGCACACCUGUUCAGGAGCGGUGGUCUGGGCCAGCUCAAGACCCUGUUAUGCCAGUUGUCCUGGAGAGAAGCCGUGGAGCCCUCAUAUUUAUGGGGUUGCUGGAGGAGUCCUGGCUUUUAGUGAGAGUAGCUGGUUUCAUCAUUACAAAUCAGCGUUUCACUCUUCGAAUGAGUAUGAAAGAUGCUUUAGGAUCCAAGGAGAAAUUGGAUGUGGUGGAACUGGAGUGA